UUGGGCUCCCAGUGUUUUCCUUUAGUAGCUGUCCUGUUUGUUUCACCUGUACGCCAUGGAGAUCCAACAGCUGAAGGACAUGGGCUUUGGUGCUGCGGAAGCUGAGGUGGCGCUCAGCCAGGCGGGCAACGUGGAACAGGCGCUGGAGCUGCUCCUCACGACGGAGACCGACUCCCCAGCGCCUCCGUCGCCCACGCGGACCGCGGCUGGAACGAGUGGAACGGUGCUGGUCGCGCCUGGAGCGGCCGAUGGCCCAGUGGAGACGGAGUGGCCGGAGCUGCCUAAGAAGAAAAUGAAACCUCCUGGUUUGGAAGAUCAAGGCUACAAUGCAGAUGUGUCACGUUCCAAUGAAUUCGCACUUGAGGACAAUGUGCCGACACCACAAAUGCCUCGGCCUUUGGGGCUGCCCUGCGGCUUGCUGAAUGUCGGUAAUACCUGCUAUGUGAAUUCCUUGCUGCAGACACUCUUCCACGCGGAAACCUUCCGAAAUCAAGUGCUUCGCUUCGAGUCCGGCACAGAUCCAAGCCGUUUAGAGGGGCUUCCACCAAGCAGCUUCUCUUCUCUUCAGAGGCUUUGAGGCUUUGUGUGUGAAGUGAAAUUUGGUCGACCAAGGAAAGUCCUUCAACCAAGCGUAAGGGGACAAAACACC